AUGUGGUAUCGUAACCUACCCCCAAAUUCAAUUGAUUCAUUUGCCAUGUUGGCAGACUCUUUUUUGAGGGCGCACGCUGGUACCAUCAAGGUCACCACCAGGAAGUCCGAUGUCUUCAAAAUCAAACAAAGAGAAAAUGAGAUGCUAAGGAAAUUUGUAUCUCGCUUUCAGAUUGAGCAAAUGGAAUUACCACCAGUGUCUGAUGACUGGUAUCAAUCAAAAAUCGCGGUCGAAGACGAUCAAUUAGGCGUCCCCUUGGGCUCAGUAUAUCCUAGCAGGCUCUUAACAAAGGAACAAAGGGUUACAGAAAGGCAGUCAAGGAAAAGCAAGGAAAGAUACUACCUAUAUAUGGAAGAUCGAAGAAACGCCCCAAGGCGUAAUAUACCUCGAGGUGAUCGAAGGACAGAUCAAGGUCAAAGCUCCCGGGGACUCAUGAGUAAAGCCGGGUUCGAUAGGUACACUGGGCCGGUAAAGUCACCCCGGCUAUCCGAGUAUAACUUCAACGUCGAUGUCUCGGACAUCGUAUCGACCAUAGGUAAAAUCAAAGAUACCAAGUGGCCAAAACCUAUACUAUCAGACCCUUCACAGAGAAACCCUAACUUGGUAUGCAAAUAUCACUGCACUCACGGUCCUAGAACCGAGGAUUGUAGACAGCUUCGAGAAGAUUUAGCCCGACUGAUCAGUGAAGGGCACCUUCGAGAUUUCCUCAGUGAUCGAGAUAAAAAUCAAUUUUGGGAAAGAGAGGCUAGCAGGAAAAGCGAACCGGAAGAACCACAACAUGGCAUCCACAUGAUCGUUGGAGGGGCCGACGCCCCACAGGGACUGGUUGUCAAGCGAACGAAAAUAUCCAUCAGCAGGGAAAAGCGAACUCAGAGUCACGUAUUGGAGGGCGCUCUCACAGGACAUCGAUACCUUGUCUCAGCCUCAUAA